UUUCAAACUUUUCUCCCUUCCCGAAGACGAACGUCGGAGCGCCUCGCUCCGGGCAGGUGCGGAGCGGGCGGCGGCGGCGGGCUCACGGGCUGAGGUGCGGUGCUCUGCAGCCGCAGGUGCGGAAAAUUUGACCUGAAUCUACGAACCAAUGAAGAAAUGAAAGGACAGAACAUACCAGCUGGCAUGAUCUGUUUAUUUCACAUCAGUGCUACACUUUGGGGUUUUACGGAACAGGAAGAAGUAACAGGGCUGUUUUCUGAGGAUUGCAUCCUCCCUUGUCGUUUCCCACCUGGGCAAGAUGAAGUAAUUCACUGGAGCAAAGAGAACAGAAAUGUGCACAGUUACUACCUGCAGGAGGAUCAUCUGGAAGAACAAGAUCUACAUUACAGACUCAGAACACAUCUUUUCCAUGAGAACAUACCUAGUGGAAAUGCCUCCCUGAAACUUAGUAACCUGACCAUGACUGAUGAGGGCUCUUAUACCUGCUAUGUGGGAACAGCACAAUAUCGAACAGAAGUGGAAGUGCAGCUACGUGUAAAAGCUCCUUCUUCUUAUGCACUGGAAUACCAAAAGACAAACACAGAAAGGAGACUGAAGUGCUAUGCUUUUCUCACUUAUCCAGCACCAACUAUAUCUUGGGUACAGGGCAAUAUAUCCAUCCAAGAGGCAGAUCGGGAGGAAACUAGGAAUGGAGUUCUCUAUUCUCUUAGAAGUGACAAGGACAUCAUAAAUGUGACAGAUACUUACUGCUGUCAUAUUCAUUUGGAUCAUGAAGUGUGGACCGCUGAAUGGAAGAUGCAAGACCACCUGCCUAAGGUGGAAGGAGAGAGCACCAUAAUUCCUUGUGGACACGGCCAUGACCCUGCAAGCACUGAUGGUUUCAGUGUUGUCUGGACAUUACACAGAAAUGCAGUGACCUCAGUCCUGGCCUCCUUCAAUGGCACAUCCCACUCUCACCAGCCUCGAGUCCAGGUUAACGAAAAUGACUUUUCGCUGAGGUUGGAUCAUCUUACUGCAGGCGACAGUGGAGAAUAUCUGUGUAAUAUUUCAACACCUCUCUACACAAAACUUGCUGUGACAACUUUGCACGUCGAAAAUUCAGGUAUCACUGGGAAAAGUGUGUGGGGAGUACUUGGUGCAGUGCCAAUAGCAGUGGCAAUAGCAGCGGUACUUUGCUAUCUCAAGAAAAAAAGGAAGAGAGGAGUCAUAUGAGCACCUUGACAUAUGGGAAGAAAAUAGCUCUCUGCACACAGAUACUACUGACACUGGUGAUGAACAAAGAGGUCCUCCACCUUCCCCGUUGAGUUACAGUAAGAGCCGCAUAGAAAUGUGAUUUUCUGAGCAACACUAAUGGACAAAUGGGGAGGAAGAAAAGUCAAUGGACACUUGUAUGUGAAAAGUCAUGGAGCAGGGCAUCUCACCCCCCACAUGAGCUUAUCUCUUGCUUUUUAACUGGUGAGUUAACUCAAACCAUGCGGGCUACCUGGGCUGGUCCUGACCGGGUGUCCACAAAUCCGAACGGGUUUCCCCGGACACUGUGUCCAGUGCCCAGAGCCAACCUUCCGCCUGUGCCCAGAUGUCGUAAUAAAGUGUCCUCACCAAUGAGAGACGGGAGCACUCGCUGUAUGACAGUUCACCAGAGUUUAUUGCAGGAGAAUCUGAGGGUACAGAUGUCGUGGAGAGGGGCAGGAAGGAUCAGGGGAUGGAAGGAGGAGGAGGGAAAGAAGUAGGGCGACAACUGCUGGGGAGGGAAUCAGGGACAGCGAACUAGGAGCUGAUCACACAGCAGCUGACUGGCAAGCCGGAGAGCUGUGGCAAAAAGCCCUCCCAGUGGGGGUGGAUACAACUGCCAUAUAUAAACUGGGGAGGGAUAGGAGGGGUCAGGGUACAAUUCAGCCAAUGGGAAGGUAGGACAGGGGAGAAGUUGGGAUGGUGUGAUGUAGAACAGACCAAUAAGAAGCAGGAAGGAAGUGACAAGAACUGGGGAGAACCAGUAACAAAGCUGAGGAUACAGAACUUUCUAGAAAGUGGGGAUGACUGACACAUGGUCAUUUGCUUGUGGGAGUGAGGGAUCAUGGGAAAGUGAGCCACUCUCUCAUCCUGAGUUACACGUAGGAAUCUUCCCAUGGCAUCCCAGGAGUGCUGUCCCCAGCACUGACUCCCACAAACCAGACAGAGCUGUCUUGUAGUGAGUUAUUUUGGCACCAUGGGAUUAUCAUCUGGAAAGACAAACUGGUAUUCUGACUGACAGACACCUGCCUUUAAAACUAUAUAAGCUACACCAAACUUUGACAAAUCAGAAAUCUUCCGCGCAUUUUCCUGGAAACGUGGAGUUUCUCCUCAGAGCAGGGACGCCUGUUUUGCGGUUACUCCUCUGGAGGUUGAGUAUUUUUUUUUACUAGUUUUAAUAUAGGUACGUUGAUAUCAUGCACUGUUUUGUGUAAUCUACUGGUAGUUCUUUUGUUUUACACUGUGUCAGAAUUAACUCAGGUUAAGACCUUUCAUGUGUUACCUCCUGUCUGUUCAAUAAAUAACUCAUUUUAUAAAUAGAGCUGAUCUGCCAUCCUUAGAACUUGCGGGUCAGAGCGAUUUCUUAAAUUUAAGCUGUUGCCAAAAAUCUGAGGCUAAGGCAAGGCGUCUGUGAAGCUCCCAUUUGUCCUGUGACAAGUCAAUAUGCAAAACUGGAUUUCCUAAAGGGACAAAGAAGUUUCCAGAGAAGAAAUCCCUACAUUUUGAGGAGUUUUGGUUUGGGUUUUUUUUUUUUUUUUUUCCAGGGUGAGGGGAAGAGAGCUU